AUGGCACUGCUCGGGUUUGCAUUUACGUUCGCAGUGGUCGCAGCCGUCUACUACUUUCUCAUCCUCGCUCACAUGCCCCCAGUUGACAGUGAGGACUGGCAGCAUGUCAAGCUGCCGCGGGACCUGGAAGACACGAAGGCGCUGGCGCGCGUGCUGCUGAAGUACCGUGACGACUACUACAUGUCUGUGCUCAUUUUGUGGAUGGUAACCUACAUCAUUGCGCAGUCGUUCUGCAUUCCAGUCACCAUCUUCUUCUGCAUCCUGAGCGGCACGCUCUUCUCCCCAUCCUACCUGGCGCUGCUCUACGUGUGUGCUGCGUCUGCCUUUGGAGCAACUGGCUGCUAUCUCAACUCCAAGAUGUUUCUCAAAGACAUUGUCUCCUACUACUUUCCACGUCGAUGCGCAGAAUGGAGAACCAGGGUUGAGCAUCACAAGGACAAUCUUCUCUUCUUUGUCAUCUUCCUCCGGGCGACACCGUUCCUCCCAAACUGGUUCAUCAACGUAGCCAGCCCAGUGAUUGGCGUGAACAUGUGGUCCUUCUGGCUUGGCACGUUUAUCGGGGUCGCCCCACCCUGCCUGCUGUAUGUGGAGGCUGGUGGCGUGCUUGAGGAGCUCACCAGCACGGGAGAGGUUGUCUCCUUGUCGUCCAUCCUGCGCAUAUCGGCGCUCGGCUGCCUUGCGUUGCUGCCCGUUCUCUUCAAGGACCGCCUCAAACGCAAGUUCGACUAG